CUCCCCCGUUGUAGGAAAUCCGCUGGCGGCGGAUUAUUGUAAUCCGACGGAGGUCUGGACCGACACGCCGGAUCACGACUCUGAAAACCCGCAGCGCAGCGGCCUGUUCGGCAGAUGCGGCUCGGCCUGCCGAGGACUCAGCGAGCAGGUCUGGGUGUGCCCGACACCGAGACCCGACACCGGUGCUGCCGCGGCUGCUGCAGCCGGAGCUCGGCCCGCUCUAGCUGGCUGCUUUUAGCGGCUAAAGCUGCUGUAGCCGGACACACACACACAUACACACACACUCACAGCAAGGGCUCGGUUCGGUCUCGGUUUUUUUAGACCGUGAAAUCAGCUGGUUUUUGUGGGUCGAGCGGUUCCGCCAGGAGGGAGGAGGAUGUCGGCCAAAGACCAGAACAAACUCUCCACCGUCGAGAGACCCAUCAAAGCGGUGCCAUAUCCUCCCGGUACACGCCUGACGUCCAAAGACCUGUAUGUGGACGGGAGGCCCAGCCUGGACCUGCUGAAGGCCCAUCUGGUGAAGGAGGGCCGGCUGGAGGAGGAGGCGGCUCUGCGGAUCAUCAACGAGGGCGCAGCCAUCCUGCGCCAGGAGAAGUGCAUGCUAGAGGUGGAAGCUCCCAUCACAGUGUGUGGGGACGUCCAUGGCCAGUUCUUUGACCUGAUGAAGCUGUUUGAGGUGGGGGGGUCCCCGAGCAGCACCCGCUACCUGUUCCUCGGAGACUACGUGGACCGAGGGUACUUCAGCAUCGAGUGUGUACUGUACCUGUGGGCUCUGAAGAUAAACUACCCCAACACCCUGUUCCUCCUCAGAGGCAACCACGAGUGCCGACAUCUCACAGAGUACUUCACCUUCAAGCAGGAGUGUAAAAUAAAGUACUCUGAGCAGGUGUACGACGCCUGCAUGGAGGCGUUCGACUGCCUGCCUCUGGCCGCGCUCCUCAACCAGCAGUUCCUGUGCGUGCACGGUGGCCUGAGCCCUGAAGUCACCUGCCUGGACGACAUCAGGAAGCUGGACCGGUUUAAGGAACCCCCUGCGUUCGGGCCCAUGUGUGACCUGCUGUGGUCGGACCCGGGAGAGGACUACGGCUCGGAGAAGACCCAGGAACACUUCUGCCACAACAGCGUCCGAGGCUGCUCUUAUUUCUACAGUUACCCGGCGGUAUGCGACUUCCUGAUGAACAAUAACCUGCUGUCUGUAAUACGAGCACACGAAGCCCAGGACGCAGGGUAUCGAAUGUACAGGAAAAGUCAGACGACAGGUUUCCCGUCUUUAAUUACAAUCUUCUCUGCCCCCAACUACCUGGACGUGUACAACAAUAAAGCGGCGGUGCUGAAAUACGAGAACAAUGUGAUGAACAUUCGGCAGUUCAACUGCUCCCCCCACCCCUACUGGCUGCCCAACUUCAUGGACGUCUUCACCUGGUCCCUGCCCUUCGUCGGAGAGAAAGUGACGGAGAUGCUGGUGAACGUGCUGAACAUCUGCUCCGACGACGAGCUGAUGUCUGAAGGCGACGACACUUGUGAGGGUGGCACUCCAGCCGUCAGGAAGGAGGUGAUCAGAAACAAGAUCCGAGCAAUUGGAAAGAUGGCCCGUGUCUUCUCGGUGCUCAGGGAGGAGAACGAGAGCGUGCUGCAGCUGAAGGGGCUGACUCCCACGGGAACGCUGCCUAUGGGAGUUCUGUCCGGAGGACGCCAGACGCUGCAGAGCGCCACCGUAGAGGCAGAAGAGGCACGAGCCAUCCAAGGCUUCAACCCGCAGCACAAGAUCCAGAGCUUUGAGGAGGCCCGCGGGCUGGACCGGAUCAACGAGAGGAUGCCGCCGCGCCGCGACAGCAAGCAGCAGGAGGCCCCGCCGUCCCCCAACAACCUGCCGGCCGGCACCGGGCCCCCCGACAAGAACGGCACCAGCGCCCAGGCCUAGUCCCUCCCCCUGGUCCCCUCUCCCCCUCCGUCCCGCCCUCCUCCCUCCUCCCUCCUCCCUCCUCCUCCCUCCCUCCCGCCUCCGUCCUCCCCCACAGCGGGCCGGGGCGGUUCGGUCCGAGCCGUUAUUUAUUUCAUCGAGUAAAUAUCGUAGUUUCAGACUGAACGCAGAGAAAACGACCCAGACUGGAGGCUGCUGGUCCUCCCGGUGCACCAUGUUUCUGUUUCAGUUGGGGGGAAUGAUGCCCAUUCAGAUGCUGUGUUUUUGCCCACACACACACACACACACACACACACACACACACACACACACACACACACACACACACACACACACACACACACACACACACACACACACACACACACACACACACCUACACACACACACGUACAAUCACACACACACACGUCCUUUCUUAAGCCAACAACAGUGUGACUGAGCUCUGCAGAGCAAGUAUUGACAUUUAUACUAUAUAUGUAUAUUUUAAUUGUUCCCUCUGUUCAAUGUGAUGGUUUUUUUUACAACACACAGACUGAACUAUCUGGAGUUGUGAGGGAGGAGGGGCAGCAGAGCUAAAGGUUUAUUCCACUUCAUUAUUACCGUGAAACGCUGGCUGGUUUGGUCUGGUCUGGUCUAGUUUUGUCUGCGAGUUACUGUUCGCUGCAGAUACUCAUAAAUGAAAAAGUGAUUAAGAAAAGAUAAAGCAGCGGAAUCAGAUCCAGAGUAAUGACAGAAAGUGAGGAGACCCGAAGCGGUGGACCGGCGAGCCGGCAGUCACGUAACCGCGUCUGCUCCUGAACCGUCCGAUAGUCCAGGCCCGGCGUUCCUGAGCUGCUCUCAACGUCGCUCUGUGAAACCAAAACUCUCGAUUAAAACCAGUUGAUUAUGUACGUGAUUUAAAUUCAGCUUUUUCCCAUUGGUAGGAAACUCGAGACUCACUUCAGUUUAAGACAUUUACUCUAGUCAGUGAACAUUAAAACCAAAACUGACGUUCCUGAGAGCCAAUCAGGAAGUGGCAAGAUGAUCCAAAGAUCCUGGAAAAAGCUCGCUGAGAUGCGAGAGAAACUUCCCGGAAAGAGGUUUUUGUGAGGUGUCAAGAAAUGUCCCGAAAUGAUCACUUUUAUACCCUCACAAGGAAAAUCAAGAGUGGUUCUGUUCCGAGUAUGAAUUAAAUCAGUGCAAUAUUGUUUAAUUGUUAAAAAAUAUUGUUUACAUUUUUUUCUGAAAAAAAAAAAAAAGUCUAUUAAAGAAACAAAAAGGCAACUAGAAUCUCUUCGUUAAAAUGUAACAACCAAAUAUUAAAGCAAAGUUUUUAUUUUAACCAAGUGGAAUAAGCCUUUGGAGUGAUAUAUAGGUGGUGGCGGGGGUGGGGGUGGGGGUGGCUCAGGUGUGUUUCUAGUGUCAUGAGGAGGUGGGGGGGCUUUACUGUGGGGGUGGAGUGUGCUGGGCCUCAUUUCUCAGACAUAUCUCACAGAAUGUACAGAAACGUUUUGGUUGUUUUUUUUUUUUUGUUUUUUUUUUCUUUACAGCUCAGUUUGAACUUUUGUAGAGUUCAUGUCCUGCGAGGCCUCAUUUAUGUAGAACUUUCACUCCAUUCAAAUAAAAAAAAGAGAGAAAAGU